UAAUACCUCUUUCAAUUAGGGACUUAUUCUUGCAACUUUGUGAGAUUAUUGUGCCUGUGUCCACAUACAUUAAAAUUAUGAUAAGUGAAAGGAGGCUUCAUAAUUUAAUGAAUAAAUCGUUAAUAUAUGCUGUAGCAAGACGGUUUGCAUUUAAAAUGUUUUCCUGAUGCGAACCCGGCACCGGAAGUUGAACUAUUUUGACUGGCAGCUUGGUUCUAUCACGCGUCUUUCCAUCAGGACAGAGAGCUGUAGGCUGAGAACAUACCACCUGUGGGAGAAGAAUGAACAACUCUUCCCAGCCUGAGGUUGAUGACAAUGCUGAUCUGCUCGGAUGCCUCCUUGACCUAUGGAACAGGAAAGAGCAGGAGAAGGUGCGUUUGGAGGCCCGCAUGGGCUUCUCUAACUCCCAGGACCCCCUGAGCAGCCUGCUGUGCGUGCUGGAGGGCUGUCCCGGGAGGCUGAGGGGCAAGGCUGCAUCCCUGGGCCAGUGCGUGCUCAUGGAGUUUGUGCGCUGGCGGCAGAGCCAUCCCCAGGUCAGCCUGGAGGGCCGCGCCCCGGAGCAGGUCCACGGCCUGCAGCUCCGGGCCCUCGGCCUCCUGUCAGAGGCCCAGCCCAGCUACAUCGGCCCUCUGCUGGACGUGUACCAGCUGCAGUCCCUGGAUCCGGCCCUUCUGCUGGGCCACGUGCACAAACUGCUGGCCUUGGGCUGCUUUAAGGAGGCGGCGCUGAUAAGCAUUAAACUGAAGCUGCAGUCAGCGCUGGACAUGGAGCAGGUGUGCGUCCCCCUCGUCCUCCUGGACAAGCUGUCCCUGGCCGAAUCCUACGUGCAAGGCCACAGCCAUCUGGAGGAAGCCCUGGUCAAGCUGCUGGACUCGUGGUGUGCCCCGAACUUCAGCUUGGCCCAGCUGCGCAGAGAGUUCCCAGAUUUGUCUCUUUCCCACCAUCAAGCUGAGCGCUUUCAGCCCAAGAUACUCAGCAAACAGGUGUUCAGGCUAAUGGAGCGCCUCAACAUUGACCCAGCUCUGUGUCCCAAUUCUGUCACCAAGAGGAAGCUGGACUCCCUGAGGUUCCUCAUGUACAAGAGGUUUGUGGAGAAGGGCAUGUCAGAGGAGAACUGGAGAGACCACAUUCAGGCCGCAGUGGCAGACAGCCCCGAGCUGCAGGUCCAUUUGGUGGAGCUGCUGGUGCGGCACUGCAGCCUCUCCGUCGCUGCCCAGUGGUCGCUGCUCUACGGGGUCCCGAGGGAGAGGCUCCCUCUGGGGGUGUGGGACACGCAGCAGAGCCUGCCGCCCGCCGAGCGAGGUGAAUCUGUGGUUUCUUCUCUCUCUGCGGACCCCUGGGACCCACCAAUAGCAGACCAGGAGAGAUAUUACCAGCUUCCUAUUGCCAAGGACAGUGUCCACUUCCUCCACACACAAGAGGAGUUGGAGCACUGCAGACAAAUGGUGUUGCAGCCGGGCACACGCGUGGGCAUGGACAUGGAAUGGCGGGCAGGUUUCGGUUCCAUUCCUCGCCAGCGCGUGGCUCUCAUCCAGCUGGCAGUGCCAGGGCAGGUGUUCCUGCUGGACCUGUGUGAGGCCGAGUUUGCCAAGCACGACCGCACGGUCGAGUUCAUCAGAACACUCUUCUCAGACCCAAAAAUCCUUAAACUGGGCUAUGGCAUGUCAGGUGACCUGAAGAGCUUGUUAGCCACUUGGCCACAGUUCUCCGAGCAGCCUCUGGCAGUGGACGGGGUGCUGGACUUGCUCAGUGUGCACCAGCAGAUGCAGCGGAAUUGCCGGGGGCGUCCGCGCAGCGGGCCGCGGGCGGUGGAGGUGGGCGAGGGCCACGCGGAGAAGGGCCUGAGCCUGCUGGUGCAGCAGGUCCUGGGGAAGCCGCUGGACAAGAUGGAGCAGCUGUCCAACUGGGAGAGGAGGCCGCUGCGGAACAGCCAGCUGCGCUACGCCGCCGUCGAUGCCUACUGCCUGCUGGAGGUCUACCUCACCCUCUCCCUGGACCCGGCGCGCUUUCACCUCCCGGCAGACCUCCGCAGCGUGCCGUCGGGCCAGGCGGCCCGCAGCAAGGAGGAGAAGAGGGCCAGGAAGGAGAGAGAGAAGGAGAAAGGGAAGCAGGCCAGGUGCCGAGGGGUGCCCUCAGACGGCCCCGGGGGCGCGGGGCGCGUCCAGCUGGGCGCGGCUCGCCUGGGCGCGCCCCUGAAGCCGCAGCAGCUGCGCGUGGUGUGCGACAACAUGCUCCAGGGCCUGGGCCGCUUCCUGCGCUGCCUCGGCGUGGACGUGCUGAUGCUGGAGAACGGCGACGACCACAGCCGCGCCGCCAAACUGGCCCGGGAGGAGGGCCGAGUCAUUCUCACUUCUGGCCAGCCGUACCAGACACUGAAGUCUCAGGUGGGCGAGGGCCGCUGCCUGGCGCUGGACUGUACUGAGCGCGCCCGGGACCAGACGGCCCGAGUCCUGCGCCACUUCAACGUCCAGCUCACCCCCGACGACAUCUUCAGCCGCUGCCAGAUCAAGAUAUACAAGAACUGGAGACAGCUUCCUCUAUCCGGUUCUGUGGAUUGCUGCUCAUUGACGCAUGAAGCCAGUUCAUGGAGGCUGCCAUGUUUGCCAGUGUGCCUUAAGGCACCAGGGCAUGUGCGCUGGGUACCUGACCGGUAAAACGGUAAACACAGAGCAGUGACGUGAGCCGUGGGGGCGAGCGCCGAGAAUUGACGUCCAGAGCUUCCAAGAAGCUACCUAGCUACAGGAUUCUAAUGCAGAAAACAAGUGACUCACUGUGACGAGGGCAUCUAUAAUGUCUGUAUGUUUUUUUCUAAUACACGGAUCUGAUGGGAAAUGGCUCAACUUCCCGCUUGUUGCUGAGCGGUGAUCUGUGGGGAGCAACGGAACUGGAAAUGCCCUGGAAAGAAAUACGCUAGGAAGGCUCAUACACAGCAGUGGGGCCCAGUGCAGAUUGUAACUGUAACUGUUCGUAGAGGCCCCAGUGAUGUGUAGCUAUAUGUAGAGGCCCAACCCAAGCUGCCUAUUUUGAAAAUGUCUGGACAGAAAUAAAUGUUAAGAGCAACGUUACCAUAGCUGGCAGACAGUUUGAUCUUUGGUUACGUGGCUCCAGUCUUGGAUGAAAAGACCUUCUUGGGUUUUAUUCUUUGACCUCUGUGUACUCUCCUGGCUCUGCUGACUGUUGCCAUGUUUGGGAGUGAGAACUCCCCAUUAAUAUACCUUUCAUAGAAUGUGAGCUAGGCUAUAUUAGUACUACCUGUUUUCAAGAGUUCUUAAAAUCAACAUGGAAAUGCAAAAGCUGUAAUUAAGGCAUGCUUUAGUAAAUUAGAUGGAAUACUAAAUUCACCUCAUUUACAAAAUCUCCACCCUGGUUUAACACAUUCAUCUCGGAUAUACAUAUGCAUGACCAGAACUGGUAGCUGUAUAUCACACUGAAAGUCAUAGAGUGACAUAACUCACAUUCCCAUAACUUGCAUUCGAAAAGUGAUUUUGACCCAUUUCGUCCAUUAGUGAAACAGAUGUGGAGGUUUCUGCCUUUUAGUGACUUUUGUGUUCAAAAAGCAGCUGCAGUCUUUUGGUAAGUCUGCUGUAGUUUGUAACUUUGCUUAGAGACCCUGUCUCUACUGUUUGUAUUUGAAUGUGACUCUAGUGCCCUGGAGACUUAUCUGUGUCUGUGCAGUAUGAGAGUCAACUACUGCACAGCAUA